GCCACUCCAAGCAAUCCACCAGGCAUCGCUGAAUCCUGAGUCAAGAGCCCAACUUUUCCCGCAUUCAUCGUACAACAUGGGCUCCCUCGACGCGAUAGCACCUACCAGCCCGCUCUUCCAGCCCGCGAAGGUCGGCGACAUCACGACGCUCCACCGCGUCGUCCUCGCGCCGCUCACGCGCUGCCGCGCAAACAACAGGCACGCACACACCGACCUCGGCCGCAUCUACUACGAGCAGCGCGCCUCGGUCCCCGGCACGCUCCUCAUCGCCGAGGCGACGUACGUCUCGAAGAACGCGGGAACCUUCUCGCCGCACGCGCCUGGAGUGUACACCGAAGAGCAGAUCGAGGGCUGGAGAAGGAUCGCGGAAGCGGUGCACAAGAGAAAGUCCUUUAUCUUCAUCCAACUCUGGGCACUAGGCCGCGCUGCCCUUCCUUCAGCGCUCGAGGCCGAGGAUCCUACCUUGCCAUUCGUGGCUGCCUCGCCCAUCAAGCUCAGCGAUAGACCCAAGGAUGAAAUAACCCCUCGGGCGCUGACAGUCCUGGAAAUCAAGCAGUACGUACGUGACUUCGCGGAGGCAGCUCGGAACACAGUGCACGGGGCAGGAUGCGACGGCAUAGAGCUCCACGCCGCGCACGGAUACCUCAUCGACCAGUUCAUCCAGGACGUCUCGAACAAGCGCACGGACGAGUACGGGGGCUCGAUCGAGAACCGCUGCCGCUUCGCGCUCGAAGUCGUCGAUGCCGUCUCAGAAGCCAUAGGCGAGAGCAAGGUCGGAGUGCGGCUUAGCCCCUGGAGCACGUUCCAAGAUAUGCGGGAGGAGAACCCGGUGCCGACGUUCACCUACCUCGUUUCGGAGCUCGUCCGGCGCCACCCCAACUUGGCCUACUUGCACGUCGUCGAGCCCGGUCUCGCAGGUGCCUCGGACAUCGACGCCCGUGAGGGGGAGUCGAACGAUUUCUUGCGCAAGAUCUGGGCUCCGCGUCCCUACAUCGCCGCGGGCCGGUUUACGCGCGAGAGCGCGAUGAAGCUUGCGGACGAGACGGGCGACCUCAUAGCGUUCGGGCGGCGGUUCAUCCCCAACCCGGAUCUCCCUUUGCGCCUCUUGAAGAACCAGCCGUUAGCGCCAUGGGAGAGGGGCAAGUAUCAACUCCCCGAGAGUCCGUCUGGGUACAUUGACUAUCCGUUCGCGGAGGAGAAUCUGGAGGAGUUGGGUGUGGAGCAGGUAAAGCAGUAUUCGUAG